UUAGUAGCUAAUGACUUCACACUCCAGAGUUAGGAAAAGUAUAUCACUGAAAAAAUUUAUUAAUCAAAAAGUAAGUUGAACAGUGUCAAAGGGCCUUGUCGAUAUUUCGUGUACGUCAGCUUUCUGGGCUGGGACCCAGAAUGGCUGAAUGGGUGUUGAGAUUCUUGCUGGAUAGACUUAAUUAUACAAAAUUAAUGCAACAAAGAGGAUUUGUGCCCAUGAUUUCCAGAACACGAGGCCAAUGAAAUGCUUUAAUUUUAUCAUACACAUCCACUUUGGCAUUGGGCACUUAGGAAUCCUAUAUGAAAAGGUAAGGUAUUUGCUCGGAUUGGGGGAGGAUGGGGGUCUGGUGGUGUGGGUCCACGAUGACAAUGGGAAGUAUGGUGGUAAACCUGCAGGAUAGAGGUGAAUUAUAGCACGUUUAACAGAAACGAGCAGGUCUGAAUGAGUUUUGAAAGCAGUGGCCCAUUCAGUGAUUUCUUUUAUUUUCCUCAUUUUUCCUUGACUCUGCAAAAUAAUAAGAAACAAAAGAAAAAUCUGCUGAAUGCCUAGUCAUAGUUUAUUGGAGCAGGAAAACAAGCCAUUCCAAGCCACUCUCUGAUUUGCUGUGAGUGGCAGAAUCAUUCACCGUGGUGAAUCACAGAGAGCGAGCCAUGUGGAGUGAUUAUUUUCUGAUGUUAAAUUACAAAUGGCACAGGCAGAGUCAACAAAGGUAUGGAUUGUUUUAAAAAAUCUUUUUAAGGAAAUUUUGUUAUUGAAAAAAUAUAUACAUGUAUGACCAAGUAUGAUUUAUGUAACUUGUAUUACUUUAUUAGCAUGUAACUUCCUUUUACAAGGACCAAGCCUCGAGACUGUCUUUUUUGUUUUUUACAUUUGUCCAGUGAAAGCUUCACAGUUAAUAUCUUUGUGUCAGACACGGUUUAGUUGUUGGAGGCUUCAUGAUGGAGAUAAUGGUGGGGAAAUCUGUUUAAUUAUUUGGCUCAACUGACUGGGUUGAAGAAAAGCCCGAGAUUCUUCCCUUUUGCCUUCAUAAAGAACCUGCUAGAUAUUCAACCACAUAAUUGAGAGAUUACCUGUGUGCAAUUGGUUAAUGAUAUGCAAAUGACUUCUUAUUUGUAUAGAAGGCACCACUUGGUGCUAAGCCAGUGAAAGUCCCGGAUAGGAGGGACGGCAUAUUUGACUGUGGUGAUGAAAUAUUACCUGUUUCCCAUAAUCAGUGUUCUGCUUUGAUCGACAGCUUCAGGUUGCCUGACUCUUUAAGGUCAAUCUUUGAUAUUUAAACUGAUGAUGAAAAUGUUCCUGACCCUUAGUGUCUACUUUGUGAGGAUGCUUAAUUUAAGAGGGUAAAUAAAAUGUUUCUUUUGCUUAGGGGCAUGACCUGGUAUGGUGCACACUUAGCCUUGGGGAGGUUGAGGCAGGAGGAUCAUGAUUUCAAGGCCAGACUAGGCUGUGUAAGAUGACCACGUCUCAAACCGACCAAUCUACCUUGAGUGGACCUGUGGUGUUGGAGGUGGGAGAACAGUGCCUAGAGUUCAUAAAGUGAUUUUUCUUCCAGUUGUGGUUGAAGUUCAGUGACUGACUUCAGUGGUUUUUAGUGGCUUUAAAAACUGCUUUUGUUUGUCUGCUUUUGACAGCGAAUCUGGUUGGCUCUUAAGGGAAAGGAAAGGGAGGAUUUCAGAAGGGCAAGUCCCAUGCUUUUCCCUAACAACCCUUGAUGUUAUCACCAUGCCUUCAUGGCACGGUAUAGAUUCCUAGUCACUGAACACGCUCAGGGGCUUGCCAGACUUCAACCUGAAAUAGUCAAUGGAGAGUGAAUUGUGCAGAUUUGGGCACAACCCUCCUUUGCACCUGUAAUGAACUCCCUCAAUAUUUAACAGCUUAAAGUAAGGAGUGUUUGUCACUGUCUGCUGUCUGUGGGCAGUACGCACGGCAGGAUAUUCCUGGUCUCCAGCCUCUCAGAAGUUCACAGGUCCCACUGCUGUGGACACUGGUGCUCUGAAGACAAGGGAUACCCACCCUAGUCCUCCUCAGUGGAGGUGUCUGACAGGAGCCCUCAGUUCCUUGCCACAUGGGGAUUGUCUCCAUUGGCCCAUGGACAAGGCAGUGGCUUCCUCCAGAAGCCGUUAUAGAGGUGAGCCUUUUAUGUCUUUGUCAUUUAUGUCACAUUGUCAUUCCUUUAUGUUGUCCUUGUUAGAAGUGAGUCCCUGAGUCUAGAACAUUCUCUGUGACUGAACCAAGGCUACCUGGAGGCAGGGGCGACUGAGGACAUUUUGGAACAUCUCUCCUAUGGUCCUUUUCCACUGAUUUUGUUCUUGUAACUUAAUCAGAUUCCAUAGGCCUUCUUAAGUUAUUUCAUUAUAGAAAGUCCGUUUCACCUUUAACUCACCUUGAACGAAGUCAUUCAGGAAUCUUUCCCAGUACCAUGAAGGGUCUUAUUUGAAAGGUUACUUCUAGCACCUCCCUCUACUGACUGUGAGUCCCACAUCAGCCUUGGGAGGAAGCAAAAUCAUCCAGCUGAGUUGUAUGAAAUUACCGUGCUGGUUUCAGCUCUGUUCUUGCUGGGUACAUGUCUCAGUCACAGGAAUAAGUGCUAGAAGCUUUCAUUUGCCAUCUGAGGAAGGAGACAGGGAAAGGGCUAUUUUUCAUGGUAUUCUCCACCUGGGGUUUGACCACACCUAUGAAAGGAGUUUAAAGAAUUUGUCACUUCACUGAUGAAAAACAAUGACACCUAUAAUCCUAUUGCUCCAGUGACAAAAGAUGCUUGCUAUAAGCAAAUCAAGUUAAAAUAUAAAAGGGCAGAAGCUGUGCGGAAGAGUUAUUCCGUUACCACUCAUGAUUCGGCUUCUUUUUGUUUUUAAAAGCCCACCGUUUCAGAGGUCGUUUGGGUACUCUUGAAAUUAAAAUGUCAGUCAAUCAGGGUGCAGACAUUGGCUGUGCAGUUGGACUAAGUGAUGGAUGGCUUCCAUACCCUAUAUUCUGAUAGGAGCAGAGUAGGUUUAAGGGGUCCGGAGUCAGCUAUCCGGGAGAGGAGACCAAAUUAAGGGAUUUACUUUAGGGAGAAACUUGAGAGUUGAUUUACCUGAAAUAACCAAAACACAGAAGGUGUCCCAGAAGAGGAUCCUUUGCUAGUUCAUGGACAAGAGGGGAGGACACAAGGAGGACCAGGGUUCCUCUUGUGAUUCUCACAGUAGAUUUUGCUUUGUAUUUUGGAGUCUAAAUUGUAGUUCGUUGACAUUGCUACAUCUCCAUUGGAUAGAAAUACAUGUGUUUUUUUGUUUGUUUGUUUCUGUUUUUGUUGUUGUUAUUGUGUUUCAUUUUUGUUUUUGUUUCUUUUUUUUUUCUUGUAGAACAAAGUAUAGAUGGGAUCUAACCAAUGGGCAUUUACUUGGGGUGGGAGGGCGUGGCUCCUCAUAGCAGUUUUGAUUUUGCCAUUAUUUUCUGCUGCUAAAGGGUCAGCCAUUACCUUCUUUGUUUCUCUAAAACCCCUUGCCAAAAUUCCAGUGCAAGAUCUGCCACAUUUUAAUUGGUUCCUUCUUAGUUCAUUUCCAAAUCCAAAAUAGUGAAAUAUUUGAGGGAAAAGAUAGAUGUUUUCUAGUCACGCCUCCCUAAUCUGUGUUAGCGUGCCUCGUGAGUAUUAAAUAUUAAUAGUUUUAAAUGAACGAGCAGAGAGAGGUGAGCGGGGAAAGACUGUCUCACCUCUUUGUCUCUGGGUAGGGGCUGAGGCACCUCAGAAUUGGUCAGAUUCGGGCCAUUAAUAUAAAUGAUAUAACGUCAUCAGAGUUCUUCUGGUGAAAUUGUUUAGGAGUUAAAGUGUGGCGACCUGCAUCAGUACCUCAGGAGAUUGACAUUUAGAUUAGCUGGCUGUUAGUCAACGACUUUGCACACUUGUUCAAGGGCACUGCAGCCCAACCAGGGUUUAUUUUUGGUUCCCCAUCGCUCUUGGGAUCACCACACUGAAGAAUGCUACCUCCCUCAUUACCUUCUUCACCUUGUCUGUUGUUCCUGGUCCAGGGAAUUCUGCAGCUCAGGCUCAGCCUGACCAGCAGCAACUCCCUGAUGCUUUUAACACAUGAACGGCUGCCCCGCUGUUUAUAACAUACGAACCACAGCAGCAGUUAGAAACUUAGUAUGAGCUAAAUUUCAGCAAGGUUUGUAAAGUUGGCUUAAGAAGAGUGGGAGUCCGUAGUUUGGACAACCUUGGCUGCUGUUCACUUUGUUCCUCAUUGGUCUAGAGCUCACCAAAUAGGUUAGCUGGCCAGUGAUUUCCUGGGAUCUUUCUGCUUCUACCCCACCAGUGCUGGAAUUACAUAUAUGCACCACUGUAUCUAACUUUUAUGUGGGUUCUAGAAACUGAACGUGGGUCCUUAUGCUGGCUAUGACAAACACUUGAUUGUACUUAUUUUUCCCUCCCGUGUAGUCUAAUGUAUGCCCCAAUCUAGUGGUUUGGGAGGAAGCUCUGUUCCACCCUUGUCAGGGGUUCAGGUUCCUGUGGCUUUACCAUCUUCCCUGUGGCUUCUAUGUAGAUCCACAAUCCUACCUUGUCAGCAGAUACGGAAUCAACAUAGAAAAUCGUGUGCAGAGGGGUUUAUGGAUCAGAACAGACGGGGCACACAUUUCUUCUACUCCCUCCCAUUACAUGCGGCUGUAGGACUUUUUUUCUAACUAAAUAUAGGUGCACCUAGAACAUACUGUGUUACAGACUGAAGAGGCCCUCCCAAAUUUGUAUGUUGAAGGCCUCACCCAUGACUGCCUCAGGGUGUAGCUGUGUUUGGAGAUAGGACCUGUAAGGAGGAAACUAAGGUAAACUGAGGCAAUUAAGUUAAGCCCUUGCUCCACUUGAUGGAUCAAUAGACUUUGCUGGCAAGGUUUAGGCGCACAGUGUCUGAGCACAUAGGGAGAAGUUGUCCUUUUUUGAGGAACUGAGUGAGGCUGCCUCUUCAUUUGGGAUUUCAGAGUGGAAGAAAAUAACUCUCUGUUAGCUAUCUAGGCUGAGUUAGUUUAUUAACACGACUAAUAAACUAGCAGGGGUAAGCUAGAUGAGCCUGGACAAAGCCGAGAUGACCUGGUGAUUGGCUAACACCACCCUUUCAGCCAUAGCCGAGAGUCUCCUCUACGCUCAUUCACAUCUUUGACUGCUCAUCUAAGAACAAGAAAGAGAAAAGUCUGGGCAGGCUGCCUACGCUCGGAGCCUCUUGGCUACAGCUUUGGUAGGCAGUGUGUCCUUCUCUACAAAACAAAUACAAGGAGACUUUUCACAUCUUUAAUCCUGUCAGGAGGCAAUGAACAGAAAGCACUCAAACUCCGAAGGGAGCAGGGUAAACGGUCAAUGCGGUUCAGUUAUUACUCAGUGCAGCCAUCUCCAUAAUAAACCAAGUGCUUCAAGGACUCGCUUCUUUCUUUUGUUAAGUAUAAGAGCCUGAAAAAAAUAAUAUUCCUCUGGGAACAUACAAAGGAAAAAUGGAAUAUUAUGUUCUCCUUACACAGGAAGAACCAAGCACAAAUUUUUCUCUCAGAGGUUUCUCCAUUUUCAUUGAGAUGUAAUGGAUACACCACAGAAUUCACCCGUUUAAUUAAGUAUUUGAUGCAGUAGUUUUCUUUUAAUAAAGAUGUGUAACUGUCACCACUGCCUGAUUGUAGAGUAUACUUUCCUCCUUGCAGGACCCUCUUCCCAUUACCUCUGUCUCUCUUUCCUCCCUGACUCUGGCAGCUGGCGUGAACUCCGUUCUCCUACCUCUACCGGCCUCUACCGCCGUAUCAGCUCUGUUCCUUUUGAUGGCUGAAUAAUUUUCCAUUGCGUAGGUAUAUUAGGGUCAAAUCUUAUCUGUUCAUCUGACAAGGGAUAUUAUGGUUGUUUUCAGUUUGCCUCCAUUGUAGAUAAUGCCACUGUGUGCACGUGUGAGCGAGUUUUGGAAGGGAGUGCUGUACCCAGAGGAGUGGGACUGCCGACUCCCACAGGAACUCUGUGUGUAAUAUUUGGAAUUACAGUCAAUCUGUAUUUCAUAUGAAAUAGGUUAUGGCAUAACUUACAUUUAAAGUAUAAUAAUCAAUGAUUGAUUUGAUCUUGUUUAAUUGAAACUAAGGAAUCAUUUGACCUCAAAUUCAUACUGCAGAUUGGUAAUUGAUUCUAGACAUUCUGAGACCCUGGUCUUGGCUCUAUGAAUACUUUGGACACCGAGAUAAAGGAGACAUGGGCUUUAUUUCUUUGGGCGUGGAAGAAACACUAGGUAUGCAUUUCAGAGUUAGUUUUUUAAAGAAAGCAUAUGGAUAUUUAUUUUUCUUUUCUGUUACUUUUCCUUCGUCACUACUGAAUUUUUGGGGCAGAUUCUAGCAGGGCUCCAGAUGUUCCAGCAGUGGCAGGGCAGAAGCGAUGGAGUCCAGUGAGGUGGUCAAGGCGGAGGAUCAGGAGACUCUUACACCGGUGGGGGUCCAUGUGAGACCAGCUUGUGUGCCGGUUAUGUGCCCGUCAGUGGCCAGUCCUCCUUCCUAGCCCAGACAUCAUCUCACAAUAAAGGCAUCUACAUCUCAUUUGUGAAAACUCCAUCUCUUCAGUGUCACUAUCCUGGGGGAAACUGAUGUCCACAGUUACCGUUUGAUCUGGCGUGGAGUGACCUCGACCUCUGACCUGCUGUAUACACACUGUACAUCACUGUAGCCACAGAUCUCUGGGAGAAGAGAGCACCAACGAUUUUGUCUCUUUAUCACCAACUGCAACUUCUGCAAGGGAACUUUGUGAGCACAGGAGGAGGCACCUCCCAAGGCAGACAUGGAACCUUGCCAGGGAUUCUGUGCACGCGCAUGUGUGUGUGUGUGUGUGUGUGUGUGUGUGUGUGUGUGUCUGUGUGUUGCUAUGUCUGGUUUUGUCACUGGGAGAUCUCACAUCCUCUGUAAGGUCUUGAAGCCCUGACUUCCCUUCUUCAUUGAAAUGAGUGACAAGGGUAACUUUGAUGUUGGAGCAAAAGCUUCUUUAUCCCACAUGUAAAACAGUUGUGGGAAGCAGGCAGAUGUUAUUUAUAGAAAGCAAACUAAGCCUGUAAUGGCCACCUGCUGGGGAUUCUUCUCUCAAGAGCCUGUCAGGGUGGAAGUGCCUUAAGCAGAGAAUGUGAAUGGCGCACGUUGGCCAGGAUGCAGUGAUGAAAAUUAAGAAUCUACCCUUUCAUCGUGUUUCCUUGUCUUUUACUAUCUAAACUGUACUGUCUCCGUGGCCCCUUUCAGUAUUUGUUGUCCCCUCUCAUCCUAAGAUGCGCCCUACUCAAAUUCUUUCUUAUCCUUUGAAACUGAUCUCCAUCCAGUCCAAACCCUCUCCUUCCUCUCUGUCUCAUCACUUACAGAUCUUUUCAGAUAGGCUUAUUGGAAGAAGGAGGAGGGUUAUGCUAAUAGAUUAAUGUGCCACUCAGUUGCAAGCUCUCUAGGAGUGGAAGGUCUCUGUGUAUUCAAGACUGGUCUUGAACUCUCGAUCCUCUUGUGGUAAGAUUAUACAUGUAUACCAUUUUGCCUGGUAUUUCUUACACAAUGAUCAAAUCCUCCUUAGGACAGUGCCCUGGUGGCCCAGAUGGCUGCCUAACAAAUCAGACUAUGAGGAUCAAGGAAGGAGAGAGAGAGGCUAUUGACAGUCAAGAAAACCCAUUUCAGGAAACCCAUGUUGCAACUAUUAGAUCCUCGUUUGAACUUUUAGACGUUCCUUGACCUUGAUAAUAGAACAUAUCUUUUCCAUGUUCUCCUUUUCCAAUGAGGGGAGCUUCAGGCAGAUGAAUAGAGGGCUUGAAGACAAUCUAAGGCCGGCUGUGGCACUGGGGAAGUUAGCCAAGUCCACACCUGCUGCUCUAUGACUAGGGUUUCAAAGCUUUUGGAACUGUGUAUACUGAGCCUGUCUUUUGAUAUUAGGAUAAGUUUCAGUGGAUUUAAAUUGUGUUAUAAUCAGGCUUAAUCUCAGGAAGGCUUUUCCUUUCUUCUCCGCUUAUGAUGAAGCUAUCUUUCCUUAGUGCUGUUUGGUCACCUAAACACACACAACCAUGACCAGUUUUCUGAGUUUCUUCUGAGCCCUUUUAGGCCACCUUUCCAGGUGGAAGGGGGAUGUUCUAACAAGGCAGGUGUCAGCUUUAUUUCUUCAUGGCCCUGUUUAUGGAGGAUCCACAUUAUUAAAGCCCCAGUAACUGGAUUUGUACAAUGGACAUAAUAACACCUACUUCUUUUAGUAUUGUUGUAGCAUGAAGAAGCACACCGUACACUAGCUCAUCAAUAGAAACCCCCUUCCCCAUUCCUUGUUUGGCAUGUUGAAGCCUGUGCUCAGGCUGGGACAACACCCCACCAACACCAACAGGACCUCACUUCUCAUGUUACAUGUUUGCUAAGGGACACUUCUGUAUUGUCCCCUUUCUUAUGACUGUAGUAUAGUUCUCCAGUGAUCAUAUUAUCUGCUGAGUUAAGGAAGAAACCAGGAAGACAGUUCUAGAGGUUGAGUCCUUUUAGAGGUUGAUUCCUUUCUACAAAGGGGAUAGUGAAGUCUUUGGACUGACUGGAUAGGAUGGGUCAGUGGGUAUGGAUGCAUUUGCUUGUCUUGGGUACUGAGUUCAAUUCCCAGAGGUCACAUGGAAGUGGAAGGAGGGAACUGGCUACACAAAGUUGUCCUCUGGCCUUCAAAUACAUACAGUGGCACAUGUGUCAUGCCUGCUAGUAACAAGAGAUUAAAAAGUUAAAAAUAAAUAAAAGAACUUUUAAUUUUCAGAGUUUGAAUUGUGAGGAAGUAAGAGUGCUUUGUCUCUCUUGCACCCACCAUAUUCAUCGCUGACUUACAUCGAUGCAAGAAAUCAUGGGCAGUGCUUUUCUUACUGUACGUAUUUGCAUAUGUGUACAUGUAUGUGUUCGUGUGUGUGUGUGUGUGUGUGUGUGUGUGUGUGUACCACAGGUCAAUGUUGGGCUUCUUUCUUUAUUGCUCUCCACCUUGCUUUUUGAGAGCAUGUCUCUCACCGAGCUUGGCAAACUUGGCUAUACUAGUUGGCCAACAAGCCUCUUGGAUGCUCCUGCCUCUGUGUUCUCCAUGCUGGGCUUAUAGGCAUAUGUAGAAAGAGAAUGAAGAGCCUUUUGGUAAUGGAUGAGUGUGAGAUGCAAUCAUAUUAAGGUCAAAAAUUGUUUACGAAUAUACUCUGUGUCCAUGUGUUAAAAUAGACAGUAAACAUUGUACCAUGGUGGGAGUUGCUUUAAUUUUCAUAUUGGCCUGGAAUUACUUUAAAACUUUGUUGUCAUAUGUAGUUAUGCAUUUUAUAUGUAAUUAGAUCAUUCCUAUGACAAACAGUAAACAUUGACUUACAUUAUUUAUAAGUGAACCAGGCAAAGCACAACCUGAUGAUCCAUUCAAUGGUCAGGGCCAAGAAUUGUAAGAAUUGAGCUUUUAAUUACUUAGCUGGCUACCUUCUCUCCUCUUUUGAUUUUGUCGCCACAUGCUGAUUUUAGAAUUAAUUCGUCAGUGAUUGCUUUCUCUGUUUUUAUUUUUCAUUUGUACAUGGACAUGUGUUUGCACGAGAGAGAGAGAGAGAGAGAGAGAGAGAGAGAGAGAGAGAGAGAGAAAGAGAGAGAGAGAGAGAGAGAGAGAGAGAGAGAGAGAGAGAUUGAGAGAGAUAUUGAGAGAGAAUGAACGAACAGAGGUCAAUGUCAGGGUCUUCCUACUUGAUUACUGAGGUAAGGUUUCUGUCUGAGCCUAGAACUUUCCAGUAUGUUCAAGCAGCUUGUUUUGGGAUCUCCUGCCUGUGCCUCUCAGUUACUGGGAUUAUGGGCUUCUGGUCCCAUUUUGCUUGGGUCCUAGAAAUAUGAGCUUCAUUUCUCAAAUUGUGCAUCAAGUAGUAUGUCCACUGAACUAUUUCCUCUGCCCUAGUCUUUUUCUGGAGUUGAGCCAUGGUGGUGAAUGACCCCCCAUUUCAAAUAACAAAUGAAAUCCCAGAAAACAGAAGCAUCCAUGUGGGGAACAUCCCAGAUUCACAUUAUCUCAGACCAAGCUGCCUCCAUUGUUAGUAGACUGUGAUGGUUUGUACAUGGUAUGUUUGCUUUGGAGUUGCUUCAACUUUCCAAGGACACAGUGGGUUUGUAAAAACAGAUUAUUAGUGAUAACCCUAGACCACUUAUGUCUGAAAUAUUGGGUGGAUGCGGUGGUUGGGAUGCUUUUUUCCCCCUGAGGGUCGCCUGUUCCUACAGGCGUGGCGGUCUAGUUAGUGAGGGCUGUUAAAGAUCAGCCUCUCCGUUGUUUGACUAUUUCAUAACAUUGUCAUCAUGAAGCAUCUUCAUACUUCACAGCCAAGAUCUUGACUGGGGGGGGGGAAGGAACCCCAGGGGCUAAUCAUAACAAUUAGCUAAUGUGUCAGCAAUUAGCGUCUUAUAUCAACCUGCUCUGGAAAGGGCCUCCUCUUAUCCUUGCAUCGACAGGAAUGCAGUGAUGUAGCUAAGAAAAGCAGGGGAGCUGGCUCCCCGAGCCCACACUGUAGCCAACAAAAUCCCCAGGGCAUUGUUUACAGUGAUUAUUCUGCCAUUAUGAUGUUAUUGCAUAGACGGAGGGGGCAGUCCUAUGCUUAAAAUAAAUCCAGCCCCCCCAACCCCAACCCCAACCCCUAGACAAAAGACAAAACAAAGCAGUAAAAGAAAAAUCCCUGUUUGGCUGCUUUUGGCAAAGUAGAAGAAAAACUACCAUGAAAGGUCAGCCAGUUACAGGGCUUGAGUGCUUAACUGGUAAAUAUUUUAAAAAAGAGUAUAUUUAAUAUUUUACCAUUUGGAAAAAUUUCAAUGGGUUUUGGGUCCAGCACAACUCAAUCACUUCAGGAUUUCAGAGGUCUCUUGUGGGGAUUUCUUUACAAUGGAUACAUUAUAUUUGGUGACCAUCUAUACCACUUCUUGGUCGAAAUAUGUUUUAACAUCUUUUAUAUAAUCCUUCUAGUAAAACAAGAACUUUUAUACAUACCUUUCAUAAGAACCCCACAGUACUUUAAAGAGGCCCAUAUAUCUAUGUAAAUACCACGGGCUUGUCUUAAAAACAGCCUUAGAACAACUUGCAAAUCCCCGGUAGCAGCUCAGAAUCCUGAGGGUAGGAGUAUUUUUUUCAUUAAAACUGGAAUUGCUUUUCAGUCAGCUCUGUGAGCCCUUGCAGGCUGCUGUCAGAACAUGGAGGGCGGAAGCUAACACCACAGAUGCAUUCAUGCCCAGCUAAGUGGUCUACCUGUGACUAAGGCCAUGGAGGGUUUCUGACAGCUGGGAGUACUGUCCUUGAACAGGGAGGAUGAAGGAGACACUGGGUUGUCCUGUGACACUGACACUUGGCAGGGUGGAUGGGGUUCUAGCCCCAUGUUACGGAUGAUGGAGGAACACAAGAGAGCAGUAGGCAGCUGGGAGACAGAGGUAGGCACUGGGCUUCUGAAAGCAGGAGCUUGGGAAUCAAUUUCAGGAGGGUUUCCCAGAGGACCCGGGAGAGCUGGUAGUGGGUCUCCAGCUGGAGAAAGGUUACAGCAAUGGUUGUUUUUCUCUGGCACUUUAGGAAGCUGGGUGCUGUCAAGAUGUCAGACACAUGUGCGAGACAAGAUCCAAAGCAGACCUGUUUUAUUUAUUUAAUUCUCCCCCCCUUAAUCUACACAUAAUAGUUCUCAACUAGCAUUCUGUUGAGUUGAGUUUCAGAGCUUAUCUCUUCCAGGAGUGCUGCUCCCUAGGCUGGAUGUAACAGUAUCCCCAGUGAAUGUGUUUGAAAUGCAGAUGUUCAGGCCAGCAUUAAACAAAAGCCCCAGUUAACUUUAAUACCUCUUGCCUUUUGCAGACUGCUCCUUUAACAGGUGUGGUAGAAACUCUUUCAUUUAUUUUCCAGUUCAUAGGCUUGGCCACAUUUGACUUGAGGAUGUUCUGGGGUCAGGGGGAGGUAGUGUCAUGAAAUGAAGAGCUUGCUGGUAGUGAUGGAGGCAGACAUAAGAGUAAACAAGUGUGAGCGAAUAGCUGUGCUCAUAGAAGCUUGACUAUGGAGAAGAGAGAGCGUACUGCAAAUGCCUGCUGAGCUCCCAUAGGCGUUGUGAAGGUUGAAUUUUAGAGUUAGGUCUUUGGAGAGGAUUGGAUGGGAAGUGGAGAGGAGGAUCCAGCCAGAGAAGUAAACAGACCUCAUCCAAGACAGGUUUGAAGGCAGCCUGAGAACCCUCCCUUGCUGCUACAGCUCUGCUACUUCUCCAUAACCCUCUCCUGGUGAGAAUAACAUAUCUGUGACUGUUCGCUUGACAGAGAAGGCAAGUAGCUAGUUGUGCAGGGCUUUGAAGGCACUACCUAGGAUGUGGGAAAGCCUGCACGGAAAAUUGGCAUGAUCUGAUACAUGUUUUGAAAGCUCUCCCUGGGUGUUGUACAGCAAAUGGGUAUGUAGAGAUGGCUGUGGAGUCUCACAGAAGCUAGAAAACAAUGAUUAGCUUUUGUGUGCGUGAAGGAAAUCACGCGUUCACUGGACAGUUGAGAUACAAAAUCUUGGUGACUGAUGUGGAGUAAUUUUCUUAUUGUGGUGAUAAAAUACCUUGCCAGAAACAAUUUAAGGAAAGAAAUGGUUUGGCUUACAGUUUAGGGGUAAACAGUCCAGUAUCACAGUGACAAGUCAGGGGGCUAGAAAUACAUUAGUGGCUGGUCACAUCAUCUUUAGUCAGAAAGCAGAGAGUGCUAAAUGCUGGUGCUCAUCUCCCUGUCUCCCUGUUCACUUUGUAUUCUGUCUGAGACUACAGCCCAUGGGAUGGUACUACCAGCAUCUAAGGUGGGCCCCCUUUUCCCCUUAAACUUCUCUGAAACACCCUCACAGAUAUCCCAACAGGGAUAUCUCCUAGGCCAAUCUUAAUCUAGUCAGAUUGACAAUGGAGAUGAAGCACCAGGGGGUGAAGAGUUGGUUUUCUGGCUAGUGCAGAUGGUCAUAGCAUUUAUGACCAUCAACAGCACUGGAAGAAGACCUUCGUGCUGAGGAUGUGUUGGAUUUGAGACAGGGGAGGAGAACUGUAAGAAGCUGGUUUGGAUCUCAGAGAAGAUGCUAAAAUGUCAAGCAGGGUCGAGAAGUUGUAGGGCUUAGUUGAGGGUUGCUGGGAGUUGUAGAAGUUGUGAGGUUGUGACAAAGACUUAAAGGAAUCAUAGCUCCACAACAACAACAAAAACAACAACAACAACAACAACAACAACAGCAACAGAUCAUUUAGGACACACAGACUAAUGAAUCACACAUAUCUGAGAAAGGAGAAGCACAACUAGAAUUUGUCUUGACAUUUGUGAAGAUUAACUCAAAGCAUACCAUGGCACCUUGAAUGAAGCAAGGUUGUAUAAAUGCAGCUGUCAGCUCUUCUGUGUUUUAUUUCUGGACAAGCUUUAUGUGUAUAUAGGGGAAUAAAUGUAGAAGUUCUUCGAAUUGAACCCUUUUCUGUAAUCCUGUGACUCUAUAUUAUAUCCGACCUAAGGGUCAACAUUGUCUAGACAUGGAGAAGUCCACAAACCAGACUGUUGGCAAUGACACACUGACACGUUCUUAGCAGAUGCUCUUGUCAACAAAAAGUUACGUAUGACAUUAGGAAGCCUCAGGAUACAUCUUUCUACCUGCAACCUCAUCACUUCAGAUCUGGGUAGAGUUAGGUCAAAUAGAGGAUCAGUGUCAUAGGGUUAAGGACCCUUAGACGUAUUCCAAAGAGAGCUACAUGGUGGGUGAUAAAUGCACAGAGAGGCUCAUGAGAAAGACAUUUCUAACACAAGGUCACAUAUUAGUAUUGAGGUUUCCAGGAACUUUUCUGUGCAUUUCUCUUUCCAUCAAGAAACACAAGGAGUCAAAGGCCAGAAGACCCAGUAGAAAGAGGCACUGGCUUCUACAGGCUUCUGAAUUAGAGCUCUCACUUUUGCUCCUUGAUAGUUAUGUGGAAUUGGAUGUUAGCAACAGCUUGGAACCUCAGCACUCCCAUCUAUAAAAUGGGGAGCAUCAUCAUCAUCAUCAACAACAACAGUUUACAUAAAGCACUGUGAGAUUAAAGAAAUAACUAGAAACAAUAAGUAAAAAGCAAUAGAACUAUGAACUGAGGCUUGUUUGUUAAUGUCCAUAAUAGUUAGUUAAUUUAUAGCUGUUCCUGCUGUGCCUUUAGCCACCAUCCUCUACAUCAUUCUACUGUGCUUGUUAAAGGGAAACAGUGGGGGUCUUCAAGUAUGAUUGUCAAAGAACCUGGCUCUGACUGUGGACUUCCCCAUUGAAAGUCUUCCUGGUGUGUGUGUGUGUGUGUGUGUGUGUGUGUGUGUGUGAGUGUGUGUGUGUGUGUUUGGUGUACAUGUGUGUAUGCACACACAUGUUUGUAAAUGUGAGUGUGUGAGUUUGUGGGUUAUAGGUAUGUGCAUGUAUUUAACCAUAGAAUUUUAGCUCAGUUGUUUUUGGAAAGCCAGAUGUCAUAUUCGGCCUGGUUAUCUAGUGUGAUGUUCAGUCUUAAGGUCUGUGAACUUGUAUAAUUCAGUCAUGAAGAGAGAGUAAGUCGAUGAUCUUCUUGGGGGUCAAAAUAGGAGAGAGGCUACUGAUAGUCUUAAAGGCAUACCCCCAAGUAAAGAUAUUUAAUAAAGAACUCGAAACUUACUAGUUUGCACAUGGAGAUGAAACUAACUAGAAGAUAAAUCUAAUUUUUUUCUGCCCUCAUUCAAAGCGGAAGAACAUUUCUGGAAGUUCCUGACCUCGUAUCUCUAGACAGAGGGUCAGGGUCCGACUUUCCCUGGGGAAAAUUGCCAGUACACAGAGACAUGAAAGAGAACACAUUUUAGUCCCAUUCUUUAAACACCUUGGUGUCAGCAUGGCCUCUGCCCGUCCCAAGGUAUCCCAGAGCCAAAAAUCAUUAGAAAGGCCUUCUUCUCCCAUGUAUUAGGGCUGGAGCACAGCUCAGUGCCAGAACAAGGAAAUAGGACCAUUUCCCCUUGGCCAUUUCAUAGGUUUCUGUCUUCCUUAUUUUAUUUACUUUAAUAACAUGAACCAGCCUCUGUCACUUGUCAGUACCUGUAUUUAUGUCAUUGGGAAAAGGAACAUUGUCUGCUUUGGUCAUUGCUUACCCCCAGUUUCAGCAGAACCUGAUAGGCUGUAGGUAUGCUGAAUAAACACUGACUAAACAUGUGGAUGGAGAAUGAGCAGACCAGAAGAGUGGGGUCGUGCAACUAUAGAAAUACUUAACAUGAUUGAAGUGCAUUAUAUGGAAAAAGAAUUAAGUAAAAGAAAAGGAAGAAUAGCACCUGGCUUACACAAGGAUUAAAUGGGCCAGCAUGGGGAGUAUCUAACAGUCCCUGACUCACAGUCAACGCUGCGUGCUUGUUUGGUAGUAAAGGACUUGGCUGUACUGGGGCUCAGGGAAAACUUGAAGUGCCGUUUACAGCUGGGCAGUCAAGUGUUUUGUCAGAUAAAACCCAGCAGGAGUUUUGUGACUGGAAUUAAACAAGAGAAAAUGAAUAUUGGAGCACCCCAAUCCAUCCAUUUCUAACAGCGAAAGGUACCACUGCUCAUAUGCACACUGAAACAUCCAGCAGCCAUAGCCACUAUCCUGGGGAAAUGGGUACAUCCUGAGCCCCUUAUCUAGGGAUGCUACAGGCUGUCUAUACUGGGGUACACAUGAUUAACUUUACAAAAUUUUAACUUAAAAUCCACAUUCGAGGAAGCUGACUUCUGUCUUCAGAAAUGAAGAGGGGGAUGAAUGGGAGGGAUUGUAUGUAUGCAUGCAUGUAAGUAUGUAUGUAUAUAUGUAAGUAUGUAUGUAUGUAUGUAUUUUUGAUACACGGUCUGAGUAUGUAACCCUGAAUGCCCCGGAAUUCACUAUGUAGCCCAGGCUAACCUUGGACUUCGGUCAGUUCUCUUGCCUCUGCCUCAUAGGCAUGUGGCGAGUUCAGAUGAUAUCUGAAACUAGCCAGCUUCUUGGAUGAGCAGUCUACGGUCAUCCACAAACGCUUAGGUUGGAAGUGGAAAUGCAAAUUGUCGUUGACAAGGUGUUCCCAGCGGGCAUUUCUGGCAGUAAGCAGUUGGUUUGUGAUUUGUUUGGAAGAGAGACUUGCCUGUCAGUCUUGAAAAUCAAACAUUUCUCACCUGUGAGCAUGUCUGCUUCAUCCUCCCGUGAAGUUUUCUCCAGUGGGGCUUCUUCUCAAGCUCUGUCAUUGGCCAAGCUAUUCUGGAAUAUUCUUAGUCACUAAAGAAAGAUCGGUCUUUGCUCUGAGUCUUCAGGGGGAGAAGUCCUCAGUCAGUAAUAAAUAACCUGUCCUGGUGGAAAAGGGAGAUGACCACCCACAGUGUGAAUCACGGGCAUUCAUGAGCCUCGGUGAGGAACUCGCUCUAGCCUAUGUUUCCUUUUUCGUUCUUGAGAACUAAUAUGUCUUGGCAGAUGAGGCGAAACAAGUGAGAAAUGAAUAUGAACUUCAGGCCCCCAACUGAAUAAGGGGAGGAAAAAAAAAGAAUCAGGAUUGGGUUGAAAUCACAGCCAACUGCAGAGAGGCAGCUACUACCUUACAGAUCCCCCCUCCAAAUAAACCCAUGCAUUUCAGAAAAUGGUAAAUAACACUUGAGUUGUGGAAAUAAGCACCAGGUGUCUGAAGAAGGAGAACCAAAGAGAGCAUACAUUUUCAGUCAACAAUUCCACCAUAAAUCGUAGCAAUGCCACCAUCACGACCCGCAGCCCUCCGGGAAGAGCCUGUUAUAAAAAUGAUAAAUCAGAAGCACUGCACACCAGGUCUUGAUAAAACAAAGAAAGUUAGUCCCAGGGUCUGAUAUAUAUCUAUACCCACAGAGAAACAGAACUUGAUCAGUGGAGGGCCGAGUGUGAGCAAAUGCAAAUGUCAGAAUCAAAUGGCUGCCUAACAUUCUGACCAAGGCGAGCAUGGGACAAUGCAGCAGAAACUGAUGACUCUAUGGGAACUGGCUAUAAUUGAAACUUGUUCCCAAGAACAGGACAAUAUAUAUGCCAGUCUUGUUCAUCCCAACUUUACACAUCCGUCACACCUAGCAACAGAGAAUAUACGGUCUAUAUCACCGUCAGAAAGCAGGGUUAACGGAUUUUCUCGUUUUGUUGUUCCUUUCAGGAAACAACAUCCACAACUCCCUUUAAAGAAAAAUGUGUAAAAAAGUGAACCUGCUGCAGCAUUUCCUUAAAUCACCAUCCUGAUUACAUUCUCCUGUGACUCUCAGGUUCUGUCCAUUUGUGUGUGCUGUGAGUGAGGCCCAGGAUGCAGGAAGCAUCUUGACGUUGACAAGACGGUAGGGUCAAGGGUCAACAUCCUCCAUCACAUUGUGCUUCUAUGUCACUGAACAGCCAUCUAGCUGCUCUCAGGGACUCUCAGAGACUAUUUAUAAAGCAGCAAACUUUCAAGGAGGGAAGGGAGAAUGCUGUGUGGGAGUGUCUCAAGGGCUGAAAUCUGAGGAAGGUCAGAUAAAGUCAUUACCUAACAGUAUCUUCUGACGUUGGUGCGUCCAUGGUUGGGAGGAUGUGAUGGAAUCAGGAUGACAAGUCUCUUCUAACUCUUCUAGCUGGAGGAUGUUGCUUCUAAGUUAUUGUGUUGAUGCCUCACAGCUCAGCAUGCUAACUAGGGUAGGGAGUUCUAGCCAGCGCCUUCUUUCUCAGUGCCCCUAUAACAUGCGUGUCUGGCUCAAGACUGGUAGUUCUUAAACUUGUUGAUGAGUCAGCGGCGGCUUCACUGGGGGAAACACAGACAUGCAGAUUGUCAGGUCAGGUUCUAUCCUGACGGGAUGAACUGGAAACUCAGAGCUGGGCAACCCAGCAUGCUGUGUUAUAAUGAGGCUUCAGUCAUGCAAAUGUUUGAUAAUACUGGUCUAGGUAAAGCAGGGUAGCAGCUACUAAGGGCAUCAAUGUGACUUCUAAGCUAAGUAAUGGUGUUUGUUUUGUACACUUGUAUGAGUUCAGAGGUGAUCAGAUAGAUCACUUUAAGGAUUGGAAAACACUGGGCUGAGGAUUUCAAGGCCUUGUUCAGGGUCAUCAGGAAGUUCCGUUGCAAACCUGGGGUUACAAUCCAUAUUGAAUCUUUCUGACCCAACCCUACUUGAUGAUGGACUAGUCAUGGCUCACAGUGCCUCCUACAAUGCAAAGGGGGUCCAAUUUGUUUUUUAUUGACUUUAGAAUUCAGGGGUCCCCUUUGAAGAGCUAGAUUGAUAAGUGUAUUUGUCAGGCUGUAUAGUUAUGUGGGAUUUAAUUCUCUCUGUGUUAAAAGUUGUGAUCUACAUGGAAGGGUUUGGAUCUCAUGCGUAUUUGGCUGCACUCUGAAUGAGGGCCAAGUGAAUACAGUUUGAGAAGUCACAGGUAUGCAGUAGCAGAGGGACUUGUCCCAGAGUGAGAAGGCCUUCCUUCCAUUUUUGUAUUUAGAGGCCACACGACUAAGCUGUUUAACUUCUCUGAAGCCCAAUCGUGUCUCUUCUAUAAUAGCAAGGGGAUAGCUUGCUUAUCUCAUAGUGUUAUGACGAAGGUCAAAUGAGAGAAAAUGGAGACAAAUGUCUCCAAACCUUCACAAAUAAAGGGCCUAUUACAGACAGUUAUCUACCAUCCUUGGCUCCAAAAAUGCUUCUUGUGUCAGGAGACACAGAAGCUUCUUCCUGGAACAGUCAGUUAAGUGUGUCUUUGGCAGAGAAGUCAAUUGUAUUCAGGCACGGUGCCAGGCCCCCCAGUGGUGACACUGGGGUGCGUGUGGAAUCCUAUGUGCCUCAGAGGACCAUGGACAUAGAAAGUUAUCAUGUCUGCUGCUGGUGGUGACGUCAGGCCAGGCAGCAGCUGACCCUCAGCAGAGGCUAGUCAUUUGGGAUGGGAUCCAGAGUAGAAAACAAGAGGAAGCAUCUAGGGGAUCUGCGGUGCUGACAGGCAGGUGACAUUUUGCUGUGGUAGCAUGCAGGAGGAAAAGCUGUCAUCUUGGGAAAAGUCCACAUCUUUUUCAUGCAGGCAAGCCAUGAAAUCAUAGUUUCUCCCGUGUUUACUUGAAUUUCAAUACAUGGUUGAUACUAUCUUUUAUUAUGAAAAUGAUUAUGCUGUGUAAAGUAUUAAAAUAGGCAUUUCACAUACAUCGUUCCAUUCAUCUUUACAGUGACUGGGCAUUUAAGGGUGUCAGCUUGAAUACCUCUUAUUUUAAAUGUUUGAGACCAGAGUUUUGAGAUUUUUGGAAUAUUACACAAACACACAUAAACAUGAUUCAAGUAUGUUGGGGAUAGUCCCAGACUGAAACACAGAACACAUUUCUAUCUCUACCCUCUCAUAUGUUUUGCAGAAUAUUUAUCUGUAUGGAUACUUUUUUUUUUCCUUUUUCUUUUUUUCCGGAGCUGGGGACCGAACCCAGGGCCUUGCACUUCCUAGGCAAGCGCUCUGCCACUGAGCUAAAUCCCCAACCUUUGCAGAAUAUUUAAAAGAUUUUUGCCCAUGAGUCAUUGUUUCAUAGUGGAGAUAUUUUUCCACCAGUGACAUCAUUUCAAUCUUCAAAAGUUUUGGCUUUGAACUGUGUUGGGUUCCAGGAUUUUAUGUUGGGUAUCAGUGUCUGUAGUGUACUAGGAGAAGAGCUAAGGCCCCAUGUGACUAGUAACUCACCAAGACUAUAGUCAGUAGUAUGGCAGGGCUGCGGUUGGAUGGCUGGGCUGUCUGGGGUCAUCUCCUGCCUCUGCCCAGCCACCCACAUGGUCAUAGUUGUAGAGGCUGCAGCUGAGCCUUGCCCGUCUCUGAAUGUGGCUCGUAGGUCCUCACUGGUUUGACCAGAUCUGGGAUGACACCUGCAGUUCCAGGCUCUAUGUGAAUUUUUUCUUUUAAGCACUCACUAGGCAGUUUUCCUAGUGUAUUCUUAGACUUACCCACUGGUCCAGAGCCCUGUGCUAGACCAAAAGAACCAGAAUCUGAGGGUGAAGGAUUUUGAAUUUGCUUUUCAAGAUGCACCCAAGUGAUUUCCACAGGCAGCAAUGUCUGAAGGGCAGUGUGGCGCUUUUCUCCCUUCCUGGGCCACCCUCCUUCCAGCCCCAUCUUUCUGUCUCUGUUUUUCCUCCCACCAGGUUAUCUUCUGUCACUAUCUCACAUGGGACCCUCGGCAGGGUUUUCUCUGCUUCCACAGGAUGAGUACUUCUCAUUUUGUUUUCUUACCAGUCCGUUUCUUGUUUGAUAAAACCUUCACCAUCUCUGUUGUUCCUUCUCUUCACCUAGAGCUCUUUGAGUUCAAGGACCAUGUCCUAUUGGAUCUUUUCCUUCUCUCCAUCGUUCCCCCAUGGUGCCUAAGAGAAGGUAGUGUCCACAAGUGGCUGUGUGCAGGUAGGUAAGGGUAAAGUGAGCUGGCCUUCUCUUGAGUUUUGGAAUGCAAGCACAUAACUGGGAUCUACUUACUUUAGCCAGGCCUCUGGAUCCCACUUAGAGGGUAAGGCUGACACUUACAAAACCCCAGCACACGGUUUCAGUGGAUGUAUUUUCCAUACCAGGCAAAGCACAGAUUUAUCUAGUUUUAGUGAAGAUCAGAUGUGUUCAAGGUCAAAGCCCUUUAAAAGCUAGAUGUUCUGGAUUUUCACCGAUGCACGGGUGUAUAUACACUGGAGAGUAAAGGCUCUGUGACAGGGGCUUACCAGGUCCAUGGCUUUGAUUCAUUAGCAACUCUUCUAUCCUUUGACUGGGUCGGGGUGUCCUACAAGCUAAGACGGUGUCUGCAUUGGGGAGCUAUCAACUAGUAUUUUUGGAAAAAUCUCAGUUUGAAUUUUUUACUUCAUUUUCCAGAACGUUCUUUUCUGUUAUAUCUGCCACAUUAUAAAUUCCCCUGAAGGAGUUCAGGUGGUGAAAAAAACGUAGGGUUGGCAUUUCUUAAAAGAGUGUUUUUGUUUACUGGGAAGCAUCGGCGGAAGAGGCCACUAAAGAGUAUGUGUUAUGUCAGUCAAGUUCCAGUGACGGACGGACAUCAGUGGCACCCGCGGAAAACCUCCACGUUUCCCAAACCUGGUGGCUUCUCUCUGCUCCUCUUGGCCUGCAUAUGUUUUAAAGACUUUCCAGGGUGAUUGUUUCCGUUUAAGGCACAUCAUCUGUGGAAUUCUGAAAUACACACCAGGGCUUUGAAAUCUCUGAUAAAGUUCGCAUUUCAGUGUUAGGAGGGUGUCAAGCACCUCGACAGCCGCUCGGCCAUCUGUAAAUAAGACAUUCAACAAGGAAAACAUCACGAGGAAGGCGUUUCGUUUCACUCACUCUUUCCACUUCGCCCAUCCACAUCAUCAGAUUUCAGGAUGACCAAUAUGGAAAGGGUGUGAAAACACUUCUAAAAAAUAUUAUAUUUUGAAACUUGGGCCCAAGUUCAAACACUCAAUUUAAAGAAAACUUAUGAAUCAAGUCUGAAUUAUUUAUUGUCUUUGUCGACUUUUCAGGAAUGAAAUAGACGUCGGAGUAAAGCGAAGUCAAAGCUGUCUUCGAGCAGCAAUGGUGUGCAUUCUCCCCCUGGCUGUACUUCUUUCUGAGCCUCUUCCGGGAUGUGUUGUCCAUGAUGGGCCCUGGCCCUGGGCAGACAUGCGUGUCAGUCUCAUGUCACCAUUGUAUCCCUAUGUCCUCUCCUGGAUCCUUGGGUCAAAUGUGGCUGACUUAGCCCAAUGAGGAACAUUUCACUAUUUUAGUCAUGUGCAAAGGGGUUUAGAAAACAGACCAGACAAAGGAAGUCUGUUCUCUUCAGGUAGUAGAUACAGAGUCGGCCAAUCACAGGACAUCUAGCACCAGAGUGUCAGGAAAACUAUCUGUUGCAGUCAUAGCCAAAGUCAUCCAACUCUACUGCUACACACACACACACACACACACACACACACACACCCCUAAGUGUGCCCACCAGAACUUCACAUAUACACAAGCAGGCCCACAUAGAGAUGUCAUGAGUUAGCCAAGUCCUCCUAAAGAACACAGGGCUUGUCGUUUAUUUAUGAGGACCUGAGUUCUGAUCCUUUACACCUACCUAAAUAAAAAGCAGGGUGCUGUGGCCUGUAAUCCCAGUAAUAUCUAGUGCUGAAGGUGUACUGGGAUGGAGACGGGCAGACAUGCGGAUUCAUGCCUAGCCAGCCUCACUGAAACCACAAGCUCCAGGUUUGUGAAGGCUGUGUCCCAAACACAAUGUGGAGGGACCAGGGAGAUGGCUCAGUGGGUAGGGUCACCUGCAAUCAAACCCGAGGACCUAAACUCAAUCCUUGGGACUUGAACGGUAGGGAGUCUCACGGGAUGUUCUCUGACCUCCACACAGAGAUGGCACAUGUAUACCCACUCACAUACUCAUUAACAGAUGAACAAGCAAAUAAAUGGAUAAAUGGGAUUUUUAAGAAGUCUGAGAGUUAAAAGAGGAAGACAACUGAUAUCAACCCCUGGCUCUCAUAUAUGUGCUUAUGAACACAUGCAUGCAUGUAUGCAUACACAGACAUGUGCACACACACAGAUGGAAAGAGGGAAAGGGGGGGAGACAGAGAGGGAGAGGGAGGGGGAGAGGGAGAGAGAGAGGGUUGGGGAUGGGGAAGAGGGGGAAGGGGAGAGGGAGAAAGGAGAGGAGAGGAGAGGAGGGCUCAUGCCACAGAGAUAGAGAAAAUUGUGACUCAGGGUCCUGUUGGUUUUUUCUGGGCCUGUUAUUCCCACAUUUCUUUCCCAGGUGCCAACAGUAAUACAGAGUAAUGGGAGAGGAAAAAGAAGGUAUGAGUCCAUGGGUUCUCAGUCUGUCUGUCAGUCUCUUUCCCUCUGUGUAUGUUUGUCUGCCUCCCCUCCCAUCCCCUGUGUGUGAGCAUAUCACUGUCAGUCUUUUCUGUCAGUCUCUGUGCAUGUCUGUCUGUCUGUCUGUCUGUCUGUCUCUAUACAUGUCCAUGUGUGUCUGCCUUUCCCCUGUUCCCUCCCCACCGCCCAGUACAUGCGUAUCUCACUGUCUGUCUGACUGUUGCCUGUCAGACUCCCAGAGUUUUAUCCAACCUCUGGCACAAUGCAGCCUCUGUAGAAAAGAUAUUAGGAACAAAAAACAAACUUGAAGAUUCAGGAGCAGGCGGCCAGAAUUAUGAAGAAAAACAUUCAGAGGAUGCCAUGAAAAACAUCUGGGGAUUGUAGAAAGCCCGGCAAAGAAAAUGUUUAAUUAUGCGCCGUAUGCAAAAGUCAUCAUGUUUAGAUUGAUACUGAGGACUGAGACUGCGUGGGGCUUAAGUGGUCCACAGUGGUGCAUCAAUCUCUUUACUCCUUUAGAAAUGAUGUUUUUCUUUCAGUGAUGACAAAUGCUUUCAAACUGUUAGAUCAUGCUGCUAUAGUGACAUGGGGAGGCUUUAAUGAAGUCCAAAGUCACUAACGAAGUUUCCAAAUGAGCUCUUCCAGGUCUUCUGUUAGAUCUUUUUGCCUUUCUUCCUCACACCCUACCCCAGAUACUCUCCUGUCCCCUCUCAGAAUACAAAGGUUGCCUGUACUGGUGGCUCAUCUAAGAGCCUGGUAAGUCCUUAGAAAUAGCAUUUUGAGAAGGCUUCUCAUUUAAGACCUCAUGAGUUGCUUUUAACUUUCCAGUGUUAGUUACCCUGAGUUUGGUUUCUCAAUAGUUCCCAUUAACGGGCACAUCAAGCAUCUGUCCCUGUUUCAUGAAUAAGAAAUGAUUUCUGUUUGCCAAUGAUUCUCUUACGUCUUUGUAAAUGUGUAGGAUCAUGAUUUCAUAUAGCAUUGUAUCCGAGUCAGGAGGGACACAGGGAGAGGAACAGUUCAAGGUGGCCACGGAUGCAGACUCACACACGACGUAAAAAUAUGAGUCAAAAGCACCAAAAGUGGUUCAAAUUUAGUUACCUGUGUACAAAGAUUACUUUAUAGCCACACAUGUUAAAUCAUGAGGAAGGUAGGUGUGUGGUGUCUCAGAGUUAAAGGAAAGUCAUAAUCAGAUUUAAAAUGAAAGUCUGAUUUGAAUGGGAAUGAGACAGAGGGCAAAACAACCUGGCCCAUUUAUCUGAAAAAUCUCACUCAUCCUAGGGAGGCCAAAGCCCAUUCUGUCGCUGCAUUUCACUUUGGAGAAUUUUAUGGACUUAAGUACUUGGGAUUUUGAUCUUCAUUUAUUGGACCAGGCCUCUUUAAGUAAACAUGUGGCUUAUGAAUCAGUGGACAGAUUUGUUACUCACACUCGAAUGUGUCAAAACAUUUCCCUAAGUGUCAGUAGGGCCCACUGCCAUAAAAUGAUUAAGCUCCGCCCAGCUCCUUCACAUCUGUCACUCCUCAUUUUCCCUAUAUGGCUGGCAAUUACAAAUGACCAGGUCUGUAGGUAUUUUCAACAAGAUGGUAAGCUCCGGGAACCGAAGGCUUACCCACACGCCUGUCUGGAGUAGGCUCACUCACUACCUGAUAGGGACACUUUCAGAUUCGAGUAUCAUACAUGGAACACAGACUGUUUUCAAAUCUAGUGCAUUUCUCAACUGCGGAUCCUAAGACAACCAUUGUUUGGCGUUUUCCUCCUGAGUCUUCUUGUCUGUGCGAGCAAAUGCCAUGGCUUCUCACAAAGAGCCACCUGUUUCUGGGCUUACACAAGAUAUGUUGGAUUUAUGUAAUACAAUAGGAUCGAUUUAAUUAGGCUUUUCCUUAAGUACAACCCUACCUAGACUUACUUCACUCCCUGAUACACGCUCGAUUUUUAUAGGCAAAACAAAACAAAACUGCCAGUCCUGACUUGACUUAUCUUUACAGCACCGUGUUACCCGAGUUUCUUCUAAUAUGCAUUAAAGGCUGUAGACUUUCAGUGUGAAAAAAAAAUGGCUGUUCCGAAGUCCCCACAGUCCUUGUUAUUUACAGUGUUUCAAAGUAUUCGAAUUACUACAAAAGAUUUACUCAUAUAGCAGAGUGUGUAAAAUUUAAAAUCAAUAAAGUGUAUAAAUUUCGGGUGUCUCCCUGAAUUGAUUCCUUAUUUUAAUAGCUCAAUGCUGUAAUACCAUAUACUUUUUUUUUUAAAUGUCAUCACCUCAGUAAUAAUCUCUAGACUUCUUUUUUCCAGAGCUCUCGGGCAGUUUGGGAUUUCUGAUAUGAUCUUUCCCCUACAGCUGUCUCAGACAGUUGCUGCUCCUUGGACAGCUUCUAAAAAUGAACAAGCAGAUGAGAGUUAUCUGUGUUUCCCUGGAGGUAGAAACACAAAUGUUUUCUUUCGAUGGGGAGACAGCUGGUCUUUUGCUUUCGCGGGAGAAGAGAGAACGCUUUGAAGUUUGAAUGUCGUAGCAGUGGUGUGUUGAGCUCAUAAUACAUCUUAAUUUUUUUGAAAACGAAGGAAUUAGUUCAGUUCUCUGUCACGUGAUUGUCAGGGCAUCGAUUUGCUUGCAGUUAGCCAGCCAGUAUAGGGCACCGAACACCGCGCCAUUGUCACCCAACAGUUUCCUCGCAGUGAAUUUACAAUGACGAAUCUUAUCUGAUUCUAGAACACUGAGCUCUGCCUGAUUUUUAGCUAUAGACAUAAAGAUAAUUGAAAGAGAAGGCAGCGAAUCCUCUUCACGCUCACCGUCGCUCUACCAGGGUUUGACUCACAGUGCCGUCUGGGUCCCAGAGUCGAAAGCCUUGAGCUGACCUUAGUUUCUGGAAACGUAAAAUGUCAAACACUAACACGCCAGCGGAAUCUAAACUUGCUUUCAUUUCUUAAUGGCCCUCUUGGCCUGGGAAGAACACAGGCGGAUCACUGCUUACGUAGGCACGGAGCAGGAGUGCCCGCGGCUGCAUCAGGUCUUUUCGCUCGCUGAACCCAGGCUUUCUAGCCAAUCUCUUAAAUUAUUCUUCCUCUUUGACUUGUUUAUUUUAGUGAUUGACAGAGCCCCCAACCGAAUACCAGAGGAUCUUGAUUUGAAUCCCAGCUCGCCUUACUUUACUUUGUAAGCUCAGUGCAACUCUUUUGCACCAUCUAUGCUUGUUAAGUGGGGAUUAAGGACUUUGGGCCUACCUCACCGAGAGUUAUGGGUAAUGAGUGUGCUUAUGGCAACUACCCUGAAAUACCCUUGGAAGAAAUGCCAGAUGCCGAAGAUGCAGAUGGGAUAGCCAAUGCUCCCUCCCUUCACAUCCAAGAGCCAUGCUCUCCUGCGACAUCCAGUGAGUCAUUUACUCCUAAGGAGGGCUCGCCCUACAAAGCCCCCAUCUACAUCCCCGAUGACAUCCCCAUUCCUGAUGAAUUCGAGCUUCGAGAGUCAACUAUGCCUGGAGCAGGACUUGGAAUAUGGACCAAAAGGAAGAUUGAAAUAGGAGAAAAGUUUGGGCCAUACAUGGGAGAGCAGAGAUCAGACCUGAAAGAUUCCAGCUAUGGAUGGGAGAUCUUAGAUGAGUUUUGCAAUGUGAAGUUCUGCAUAGAUGCCAGUCAACCAGAUGUAGGAAGCUGGCUCAAGUACAUCCGAUUCGCUGGCUGCUACGAUCAGCACAACCUUGUUGCAUGCCAGAUAAACGAUCAGAUAUUCUACAGAGUAGUCGCAGACAUUGCGCCUGGGGAGGAACUCCUGCUGUUCAUGAAGAGUGAAGAGGACCCACAUGAGCCCAUGGCGCCUGACAUCCAUGAAGAACGGCAGCACCGCUGUGAGGACUGUGACCAGCUCUUUGAAUCCAAGGCUGAGCUGGCUGAUCACCAGAAGUUCCCAUGCAGCACACCUCACUCGGCCUUCUCCAUGGUGGAGGAGGACUUGCAGCAAAACCUGGAGAGUGAGAGUGAUCUCCGAGAGAUCCAUGGCAACCAGGACUGUAAGGAAUGUGACCGAGUUUUCCCCGAUCUACAAAGCUUGGAGAAGCACAUGUUGUCACACACUGAGGAGAGGGAAUACAAGUGUGAUCAGUGCCCCAAGGCAUUUAACUGGAAGUCCAAUUUAAUUCGCCACCAGAUGUCACAUGACAGUGGAAAGCACUAUGAGUGUGAAAACUGUGCCAAGCAGGUUUUCACGGACCCUAGCAACCUUCAGCGACACAUUCGAUCUCAGCAUGUUGGUGCCCGGGCUCAUGCUUGCCCGGAGUGUGGUAAAACAUUUGCCACUUCGUCAGGCCUCAAACAACACAAGCACAUCCACAGCAGUGUGAAGCCCUUUAUCUGUGAGGUCUGCCAUAAAUCCUAUACUCAGUUUUCAAACCUUUGUCGUCAUAAGCGCAUGCAUGCUGAUUGCAGAACCCAAAUCAAGUGCAAAGACUGUGGACAAAUGUUCAGCACUACGUCUUCCUUAAAUAAACACAGGAGGUUUUGUGAGGGCAAGAACCAUUUUGCGGCAGGUGGAUUUUUUGGCCAAGGCAUUUCACUUCCUGGAACCCCAGCUAUGGAUAAAACGUCCAUGGUUAAUAUGGGCCACGCCAACCCGGGCCUGGUUGACUAUUUUGGCACCAAUAGGCAUCCUGCUGGUCUUACCUUUCCAACAGCUCCGGGAUUUUCCUUGAGCUUUCCUGGUCUGUUUCCUUCGGGCUUGUACCACAGGCCUCCUUUGAUACCCGCUAGCUCUCCUGUUAAAGGACUAUCAAGUACCGAACAGUCAAACAAAUGUCAAAGUCCCCUCUUGACACAUCCUCAGAUACUGCCAGCCACCCAGGAUAUUUUGAAGGCACUAUCUAAACACCCACCUGUAGGGGACAAUAAGCCAGUGGAACUGCUGCCCGAGAGGUCCUCUGAAGAGAGGCCCCUUGAGAAAAUCAGUGACCAGUCAGAGAGUAGUGACCUUGAUGAUGUCAGUACGCCAAGUGGCAGUGAUCUGGAAACAACCUCGGGCUCUGAUCUGGAAAGUGACCUUGAAAGUGAUAAAGAGAAAUGUAAAGAAAAUGGUAAAAUGUUCAAAGACAAAGUAAGCCCUCUGCAGAAUCUGGCUUCAAUAAAUAAUAAGAAAGAAUACAGCAAUCAUUCCGUUUUCUCAGCAUCUGUAGAGGAGCAGACCGCGGUGUCAGGAGCUGUGAAUGAUUCUAUAAAGGCUAUUGCGUCUAUUGCUGAAAAAUACUUUGGUUCCACAGGACUGGUGGGGCUGCAAGACAAAAAAGUCGGAGCGUUACCUUACCCUUCCAUGUUUCCCCUCCCGUUUUUUCCAGCAUUCUCUCAAUCAAUGUACCCAUUUCCUGAUAGAGACUUGAGGUCGUUACCUUUGAAAAUGGAGCCCCAAUCACCAAGUGAAGUAAAGAAACUGCAGAAGGGAAGCUCUGAGUCCCCUUUUGACCUCACCACUAAGAGAAAGGACGAGAAGCCCUUGACUUCAGGCUCCUCAAAGCUUCCAGCAACACCCGCCACAAGCCAAGACCAGCCCCUGGAUCUAAGUAUGGGCAGUAGGAGUAGAGCCAGUGGGACAAAGUUGACUGAGCCUCGAAAAAACCAUGUGUUUGGGGAAAAGAAAGGAAGCAACAUGGAAACAAGGCCAUCUUCAGAUGGCUCCUUGCAGCAUGCCAGACCCACUCCCUUCUUCAUGGAUCCCAUUUAUAGAGUAGAGAAAAGAAAGCUCACUGAUCCGCUUGAAGCUUUGAAAGAAAAAUACUUGAGACCUUCUCCAGGAUUCUUGUUUCACCCACAAUUCCCACUACCUGACCAGAGAACAUGGAUGUCGGCUAUCGAGAACAUGGCGGAAAAACUAGAAAGCUUCAGCGGCCUGAAACCAGAGGCCAGCGAGCUCCUGCAGUCAGUGCCCUCUAUGUUCAGCUUCCGGGCUCCUCCCAACACCCUGCCAGAGAACCUGCUGCGGAAGGGAAAGGAACGCUAUACCUGCAGGUACUGUGGUAAGAUUUUCCCAAGGUCUGCAAACCUAACACGGCAUUUGAGAACCCACACAGGAGAGCAACCUUACAGAUGCAAAUACUGCGAUAGAUCAUUCAGUAUUUCCUCCAACCUGCAGCGACACGUGCGCAACAUUCACAACAAGGAGAAGCCAUUUAAGUGUCACCUAUGUGACAGAUGCUUUGGUCAACAAACCAAUCUUGACAGACACCUGAAGAAACACGAGAACGGGAACAUGUCUGGUACAGCAACAUCCUCGCCUCAUUCGGAGCUAGAAAGCGCAGGUGCCAUCCUGGAUGACAAAGAAGAUGCUUACUUUACAGAGAUCCGCAAUUUCAUCGGGAAUAGCAACCAUGGGAGCCAGUCUCCUCGGAACAUGGAGGAGAGGAUGAAUGGCAGUCACUUCAAGGAUGAAAAGGCUUUGGCGACCAGCCAAAAUUCCGAUUUAUUGGAUGACGAAGAAGUAGAGGAUGAGGUGUUGCUGGAUGAGGAGGAUGAAGACAAUGAUAUUCCUGGAAAACCCAGAAAGGAGCUGGGGGUAACUAAUUUAGAUGAGGAAAUCCCUGAGGAUGACUAUGAGGAAGCCGGUGCCCUGGAGAUGAGUUGUAAGGUGUCCCCCGUGAGGUAUAAAGAGGAAGACUAUAAAUCUGGCCUUUCUGCUCUAGAUCACAUAAGGCACUUCACAGAUAGCCUCAAAAUGAGGGAAAUGGAAGAGAAUCAAUACACUGACGCUGAGCUGUCCUUUGGUUCUUCUCAUGUGCCAGAGGAGCUUAAACAGCCGUUACACAGAAAGUCCAAAUCACAGGCAUAUGCUAUGAUGUUGUCACUGUCUGACAAGGAUGCCCUCCAUCCCACCUCCCACGGUUCCUCCAACGUGUGGCACAGCAUGGCAAGAGCUGCAGCGGAAUCCAGUGCCAUCCAGUCCAUAAGCCAUGUAUGACAUUGUCAAGGUUGACCAGAGUGGGACCAAGUCCAACGGCAGCACGUCUCUUUCAUACAGAACUAUUUACAAGACUGCUGAGCAGAAUGCCUUAUAACCCUGAAGGGUCACGCAUUUAAAGUCCGGUGACCUUAAACUGAACGAGUAAAGAAAGAGAGAGAGAGAAAGAGAAAGGAAGCUAUUUAUUCUCAAUAUUUUGUUUUGCACAGCCAAGGCAGCUGCUGACUUCUGGAGGAUCAAUUCAUCUAAAAGUGAUUGGAGGCGAAAGAAAACCUCACUGGGGAAGGCACCUUUCGCUCUCCUGCCGCAGGGCAUGGGUGGGUGAGAGGAGCAGUUUAGAUGGCAGCAUUGACAUCAACGGACACUUCAUAGAAAUCAAACUCUACAAGAUCACCUGAUCUGAUCGGGAACAGUGGCUUUUAACUACCAGAUUUAAAUUUUUUUUUCCUUUUUAAAGCUUUGUGUAAUUUAACCCUUUGAAGACGGAAGUAGUCAGAAGAAAUGCACAAUGAUUAUAGGAAGUGAUAGCAGGAGUUUUUGUCACCCCCUCCCCACCCUUUACCUUUGGCCUUCUUAAGUACAUCGUUUAAAAUUAGGGACAAGAAGGGUAUAUUGUAAACUAUGGAUUCUCAUGCUCAGAGAGGUGUUAAGUCGGUGACGUGUCCUGUUCAUCACCAGUACCGCUGUACCACUAAUGCAAUGUUUGCCAAAUCCUUGUAAUGACAUCUUAAUUUUAGACAAUCAUGUCACUGUUUUUAAUGUUUCAAUAUUUUUUGUGUGUGUUGUGUGUACCAUGUAUUUAUUUGUUGGCAAACUAUGGUUUGUUGAUCAAAAAAGAGCACUGUUCCUGUCAGCCACUAUUUUAUGAUGUCUGAGGCAUACCCUCUCUGAAUUCCAAGGACCAAGGUGAGCCGUCCUGUGUGUGGGAGUGCCCAAUAGUGUUUGGCUUUUCUUAACAUUCCUUCCUUUUGGUUGUUGUUGUUUUGUUUUCCUUUUUAAUGAACUAAAUGCAAUUAGAUGCAACUUAGUUUUUGUAAUACUGAGAUCGAUUCGAUUGUAUAAAUGAUUCUAGUUUCUUUCACGGAAGCAUGAUCCUUCUGAUUAAGAACUGAACCCCAUAUUUUAUGCUGGUUGUCUGCAAGCUUGUGCGAUGAUGUUAUGUUCAUGUUAAUCCUAUUUGUAAAAUGAAGCAUUCCUGACCUUAUGUUAAAAAAAAGAGAGAGAAGUAAAUAACAGACAUUAUUCAGUUAUUUUGUCCUUUACGGAGAAACCAGAUUUCUUUUUUUUUCCAUUUUGUUUGUAAUCUCAUUUGGAAAUAAUUGGCAAGUUGAGGUACUUUCUCCCAAUGCUUUGUACAAUAUAAACUGUUAUGCCUUUCAGUGCGUUACUGUGGGAGGAGCAACUAAAAAAAAAAAAUAAAGACUUCCAAAAAAGACGAAAA